AUGGUUGCUCAUAAUUCGGUUACCUAUAUUAACCGUACUACCCCUUUGACCAUCACUUCUGAAGAAAUUGAUUUGGAUAGAUGUUACAAAGAUAGUGAAAUCGUAGUUGAAGUCCAUGCAGCUGCUUUAAACCCAAUUGAUAUCUUAUUGCAUGCCUUGAGUUACCCAUCAAUUUCUGGUCGUAAGAAAAAGGUUUUAGGUAAAGAUUAUUCUGGUGUAGUUGUUAAAGCCGGUAAGUCAGUUAAAGGAUUUAAAGUCGGUGAUUUGGUCAAUGGUAUGUACGAAGAUUUUUUAUAUAGAGCAAGAGGUUCUGUUUCAAAUUAUUUGAUUUUAGAUCCUUCUAAGCAACUAUCAAUUGCUCACUUUAAGAAAUUAGAAGGGCAAACUGAUGACGAUGCUUUUAUUCAAAAUGCUGGUUGGCCUUUGAUUUUUGGUACCGCUCAUACUCUGUUAACUGAAAAGAAACAGAAUUUAGGUCCUGAUUCAAAAGUUCUAGUAUUGGGUGCAUCCACUUCUGUAGGUAAUGCAUUAUUGAAAAUUGCAAAGAAUGAAUUGAAAAUCGGCACUGUUGUAGGUACUUGUUCUGAGGGUUCUAUCCAAUACAAUAAAGAAACAGUAGGUUUUGAUCAUUUGGUUCCUUAUAAUGAUACAAGUAAAUCAGCUGCACAACAUAUUAGAGAUUAUGUUAAGAAUGAGUUGCAUGGAGAAAAAUUUGACUUAAUCGCUGAUUGUUGUGGUUCUAAUGAAUUCUUCCCAUUCAUAAAUGAAAUUAUGAAAUCAAAAACUAAAAAUGGUCACUAUUUGACUAUCGUUGGUGAUAACAAAUUUAACUACAGAAAGAUCGAAUUGUUAAAAGCAAUUAACAUUUGUGGUUUAAUUAGAAGAUUUAACCCUUUCAAAAAUUAUAAUUACUCUUUUACAAUGGUCCCAAGUGCUUCUGACUACAUGGAAUUAGGUGCUAAAAUGAUCCAAAAGGGUACUUACAAACCACAAAUCGACUCCGUUUAUGAUUUCGAACAAUAUCAGGAUGCUGUCGAAAGAUUGUUAUCUAACAGAGCUAAGGGUAAGAUUGUUAUUAAGGUCAAAUAA